AUGACAUCGGAGCCCGUCGCAAUCAUCACUGGGGCCUGUUCAGGCAUAGGCGAAGCCUUUACCCUGGAUCUUGUCAGGAAAGGCUGGCGAGUUGCCAUGUUCGAUAUCAAGCCCAAUUCGGAUCUAAUUAAAAAGCUUGGGGAUGCCGUCGUCUUCCAUCAGGUUGAUGUCGCGGAGUACGAGAGCCAGGCGAGAUGCUUCCAGAAAACUUGGGACAAAUAUGGCCGCCUCGACCUGGUGUGUACCAAUGCUGGUAUCUUUGACCAAAGUUCACUGUACAUAUUGAAUCAUCGACAUUCUGAUGUCAUCCCUCCGAAGCCGAAUCUUAAGUGCACAGACAUCAACGUGAAGGGGGUUUACUACGGAACCCAGCUGGCGAUUCAUUUCAUGAGAAAGAACAAGGUGCCGGGCGGGACGAUUGUCGCCACUGCGAGCGCCGCUAGUCUUUAUCCCCAUCGAGGAUUUCCUGAGUACAGUGGCAGCAAGGCAGCGAAAGAAAACAUCCGCAUCAACUGCAUUCGUCCAGGGUCAAUCGCAACCCCACUGAUGCCCGCAGCUAUGGCGGCGGCCGCUGGAUCAGGCAUCACCCCAAUGUCAACCGUUGUCAACGCCCUGAACAGAAUUAUCACAGAUGAGUCGCUAUCAGGUGCAGCUCUGGAGUGUUCAAUUGACAAGGUUCUUCUGACCCCUGACCCUGAACCCUUGAACGGCGAGACGUCUACACGCGCUUGUUUUGUCUGGGAUCCAAUCUUCCAUCAGAUUCACCAUGAGCCGUCGGGACUACCUGACGCUGCCAAUCCUGUGCAGACAAAAGCAUCUUCAACUGCUGAGAAGGGUUCUGGGGUGUUUGCGAAGCUUUGA